GUCUUUUGACCGUUCGUGGUAUAAAAUGGUGGCGGAUGACCGACUAAAUGUCACAGUCAUCUCAUCCACUUGGACUGUUCAUUACUAGCUCUUCAAGAUCUAACAAGAUGAAUACCGUGUUACUAGUGAUUGGUUUGACUUACGCCUUGGCUGCUCCAGCUCCAGAACCUUACGUCGUAUCCAGGUCUCCGGCGAUCCAGUUUUCUAGAACAAACACGGAAAUCCUUGGCCAGAUUAGUCAGCACAAUGACGAUGGCUCGUACACGUUCGGUUACGAGUCUGCGGACGGAUCAUUCCGUGUUGAAAACAGAGACAUCGAUGGAUUCGUCACUGGAAAAUACGGUUACAUCGAUCCAAACGGCGAAGUUCAAGAGUUUGAAUACGUUGCCGGAUCGACAAAUGGACAAUCGUUAGGAUACCAGGUGAGGGGAACUUCACUUCCAGAGGCUAACCGCGCCAAGGAAUUCCCAAUAAUGUAUCCGUCUGCAUCCUCUGUGGAUCAGCGAAAUCGAGACUAUGCGUAUUUGAGCGUCGAUGACGACCGUGAUGGCUUCCCCGACAGCAUUUUCGAUGGAUCUCUCGGUGUUCGCGAUAAAGGACAACCCAACAUCGUUCGUGUAACCACCGCCCCUGUCCAAACAUCGUUGGAGAAUCCAUCUUCCAUUCUGCGUGUCGUUAAACCUGGCAAAGUUUCCAGUCAGCAACCAUCCGUUGUCCGCCUUGGUCCAUCAUCUCAAACAUCGUUUACUAAUCCAUCCAAUGCCGGUCAGAGGCCUUCUGUUGUUCGUGUAACCUCGUCGGAUCAAUCGUCGUACAGAGAGACUUCCAAUAACGUCCGUCUUGUCAAUCCAGCCACAAUAUCUAACCAGAAGCAGGUUGUCCGUCUAACAUCGCCUAAGAAAACUGUCAUCCAGCCGACUAGAGUGUCAGGUGGUAAUUACCAGGUGAUUAAACAGAAUCGUCAAAGGCAGCCUAAGGUGGUUUCGACGGCUUCUAGUAAUCCUUUCUACCCGAACUACGGUGUGCAACGAUUUGUUUCUCGCCCUCCCGCCUUCUCCAACGUAAGGAUUAAUCCCUUGCUCAGCGGCCAGGCCACCACCGUUAGAGAUAACUUCGGACGCUGGAUCGUUAGAGGCAAUAGCAACAAGUUCGUUCCAUCCAUUCCGACGGUCUUCAUCGACGAUGAUGACUUGGAUGACUUGAAUGACUUUGAUGAUGAUUUCGACGAUAUCUUCGACGAUGAUGAUACCUUCCUUGUCGAUUCUUCUUCUCUGUUGGGCUAAAAUCAAAACGAAUAUCGUUAUGCCAUGUACUUGGGUUGUAUGGUUGCAUGUGUUUAAAUACUACAAAAUAUACAAUAAUUUUUCUACAGCAAUAAA